AUGCAGUUCAAGCUCCUCGCCGCCCUCCUCUUCUCCGCCACGGCCCUUGCCGCUCCCCAGGCUACCGGCACCUCGUCAGACUCGAUGGACGCGGCCGCCCUCCUCGCCUCGGUCCCCAACUCCAUCCUGACCGUCAUCGAGACCGCCGUCCCGGUUAGCUUUUUGAACGACAUCAUGGACCCAAGCUCCCGCUCCUCCCUGAUCGCCCAGAUCGAGGCCGGUACCCUGCCUGCCUGGUACAGCAGUCUGCCCAACAGCGUCAAGGCCUGGGCCACCAGCGCCUUCUUCAAUGCCGAGGCCUCGGCCACCGAUGCGGCUGCCAGUGGUGCGACUGCCACGGGCUCUGGCUCGACCGCCAGUGGUUCGGCUCCCUCGGCUAGUGCGGCCGUGAGCAGCGCUGUUCCUUCGGCUUCAGCUGCAGCUAGCUCCAAUUCUGCUUCGGCUUCGUCAGCUGCUGCUUCUGCUACUUCAAGUGGUGGUGCUGCCCCGGUUGCGACUGGUGGUGUUGCUAUGAGCAUGGUUGGUGCGGCUGGUAUUCUGGGCCUUGCUCUGGCUCUGUAG